AUGACAUAUAGGGAGGGAGGGAGACAGAGAGAGGUAGAGAGUGAAGGUAAAAAAGGAUGCAAGCAAUUAAUAUGUACAACAAGUAACCUAUGCAAUGUCGAGAACAAAAUGAUAUCCGUCGAGAGAAUAUUACAGUUCUCUAAUAUACCAAGUGAAGCGCCAUUAAUCGUUCAAGAUAAUAGGCCCGAACCAGAGUGGCCUAAGGAAGGAAAAAUUGAAUUCCAUAACCUUCAUAUACAAUAUGAACAUGCUGCUCCUAUGGUUCUCAAAGGUGUCACUUGCGUAUUCCCCGGACAGAAGAAAAUUGGAAUAGUAGGCAGGACGGGAAGUGGAAAAUCUACUCUCGUGCAAGCCCUCUUUCGAGUUGUUGAACCUUUGGAAGGAUGCAUACUUAUUGAUGGUGUAGAUAUUUCCAAGAUUGGUCUGCAAGAUUUAAGAUCUAAGCUUGGUAUUAUUCCUCAGGAUCCAACCUUGUUUUUAGGUACCGUAAGGACUAACUUGGAUCCCUUGGAACAACAUACCGAUCAAGAACUUUGGGAGGUUCUCAGAAAGUGCCAUCUUGCUGAAAUAGUACAGCAAGAUCCAAGACUUCUUGAUGCACCAGGUAUAUAA